AUGUUCUUGCCUACCAAGAAGGACCUCAAGGCUGCCAUGGAGUUCUUUGCUGUUUUCCAGUGGGCCCUCAGUGCCUUCAUUCUAGGGUCUAUUUCGAUCUUGGGCAACUUAUACCUGGUGCUAUUCACACCCUACUGGCCUGUCACUGUGCUCAUUCUCACCUGGCUCGCUUUUGAUUGGAAGACCCCUGAGAGAGGGGGCCGCAGGUCCAAGUGGGUGAGGCGGUGGUGCCUGUGGAAAAACUACUGCAAUUACUUCCCAAUUAAGAUUUUGAAGACUCAUGAUAUUUCUCCCAGCCACAACUACAUCCUUGCCUGCCACCCUCAUGGGCUCAUGUCCCAUUCAUUCUUUGGUCACUUUGCCACUGACACCUCAGGCUUUUCCAAGGUCUUUCCUGGCAUCACUCCUUAUCUUCUCACACUGGGAGCCUUUUUCUGGCUGCCUUUCCUCAGAGAAUAUGUAAUGGCUACAGGGAUCUGCUCUGUGAGCAAAUCUUCCAUGGACUUUCUCCUUACCCAAAAGGGCACAGGCAACAUGCUUGUUGUGGUAAUUGGUGGCCUGGCUGAGUGCAAAUACAGUUUUCCAGGCAAUUUUACCUUGGUCUUGAAGAAACGUUAUGGCUUCGUGCACAUGGCCCUUCAACAUGGGGCGGCUCUAAUCCCUGCCUAUGCCUUUGGCGAGUCAAACCUCUACAACCAGCACAUUUUCACUCCUGGGGGCUGGAUCAAUCGCUUCCAGGAGUGGUUCCGGAGCAUAGUGCACAUCUACCCUUGUGCUUUCCAUGGGCGUGGCUUCACCAGGAACUCCUGGGGCUUACUGCCAUAUGAUAUACCAGUAACCACUGUUGUUGGGAAGCCUCUAUUACUGCCCAAGAUUGUGAACCCGAGCCAGGAGAUAGUGGAUAAAUACCACCAGCUCUACAUAGAGGCCCUACGCAAACUGUUCGAUGAGCAUAAGACCAAGUAUGGCAUCUCAGAGACCCAGGAGCUUGAGUUUGUUUGA